AUGACAGAGGUCAAGAUCGCCGACAGCGACAUUGGGGAUAAGUUGCGAGGGAAAUCUGCAAUCGUGACCGGUGGUUCUUCAGGUAUCGGCCAAGGUAUUGUUCACUAUUUGACCAAGUGUGGUGUCAAAGUCUUGAUCGGCGACUUGCAGCCACCGACCGACCCCGUCGAUGGCCCGGUAUACCAAAAGACGGAUGCCGGCAGCUGGGACGACCUGCUUGCCCUGUUCAAAAAGGCCAAGGAGUUGUUCGGUCGAAUCGACAUAGUCGUCCCCAAUGCCGGCUUUGGUGACCGUGGCGACUACUACUUUAAGCAGGAUGACAACGGAGAUCCCAUCAAGCCCGAGUUUGACUGCCUCAAAGUCACUCUGGUCGGUCAGAUGUACACGGUGAAGCUGGCGAUGCAUUUCAUGCGCUACCAGGAGCCCCAGGGCGGAGUCAUUGUGUCGACGGUCUCUCGAAGUGGCUAUGACUGCCAAAGUAUCCCCGUCUACGCCGUGUCCAAGCACGGCAUGAUCGGGCUGAUGCGAGGACUGAGGAAUCAUACGCCAGCGUGGAAUAUCCGCGUGAACUCGAUUGCUCCUCAUGUCACCGACACCGCGGCGGUCAGAAGAGUGGAAUGGCUGAUUCCAGAGCUAAAGAGAGUCGGAAUCCCUGUGAGCACGGUGGAGGAAACGGCGAGGGCCGCGGCCUUCUUGGCAGCAAAUGAAUCGUACAACGGCUGCACCAUCAGUAUCAUGGGGAGUGAGUACCGUGAGCUGGAGAGUGGCGUGGAAAGGCAUAAGAGAGAUGUAAUGGGAAACGACCCGAGAUUCAACAUGACCCCGGAGCAGCAGGCGGUGAUGGACAAUAUCUUUCCCCCGGCCUCGAAGUGGUAA